GGUCAUCGUGAUUUCAAACGCGUUGACAGUACGUUGAUAUCGAUUAGUUUAACCUCUCAUUUAAAACGUCACUAUUUAUGUAAUAUUGUCCUGUAUUUGUUAAUUUCUUGUCGAAAUCUCCCUCAUCUGACACUGCAAAGACCCACCAUGAGUGCACGCGCAAUAUCUAGAAUUCUGUUCUCAGCAGCUGUAAUAGCCCCUGAAACAGACCUGAAGUGCUGUAAACGCACGGAAUUACCGUUGUACACUCAAGAUAAGUUACCUACAGAGUGUGCACCCAAAACAAAACAUCAUGUGGAAAAAUCCGGCGUUAUUGAGGAGACUAUCAGAACCAUCCGAUUGAAUAUUGACAGUGUCUUUAAUGAAGUCAAAAAAUAUGAAGAUAUGACCAGGGGCCACUUGCAGGAAGGUGUUGAUAAUGCACAAUGGUUGGUUGAUUAUUUGGGUGAUGAAGAAAAUCAAGCACCCAAAGCACCUGCAAUUGCAAUUGGUGGUCUGACUGGUUUCAUCUUUGGUCUAAGAGGAGGUUUCUUCAAGAAAGUGAUUUAUACCAGUGUUGGUGCACUGGGCAUGGCAGCUGUGUGCUAUCCAAAGGAAGCCAGAGAAUAUGGAGGUUUGGCUCUUGAUGAAGGUCAUAGAUAUGCAACAAUUGCAUACAAUUUUGCUUAUGGUGUCAAAAAAGGUGACAAACCACUAGAACUUCCAACUUUACCUAAAUUACCAGGCAGCGUAUCCGAGGUCAUGUCAGUGGUGUCCGAAUUUGUAUCCUCAACAUCUGCUUCACUUACAGAUAAAUCACAAAAGCUGUCAGCUGAAGCCAGCGAUCCGAAAAAGGCGAAAACAGACAAGUGAUUGACGGAGCAUAAUAAUAAUAAUAAGUUAUCGCUCGUCAACUACGACGUAGCCACGUUUUUAAGCGAAAUCAAAUAAAUUUACACAAGAAGACCGACUCAACAAACGUAUUAUGUACCAUAGUUGAAAAUUGUAUUUACAGGUAUGAUUAAUUUACUUUUGGCAAUAAUGUUAUUAUCUUAUUAUUUUUCUUGUUGUAAAUGUUCAAACAAGUAAAAGUGUGAAUACUUA